CACAAAUGUGACUAAAUAAAUAAAAAUUCUCACAACAUUUGUCCAUCCAUUGCUCAGCUAUUCCCAUCAAGGAAUAAAAAGCAGGAGCUGGUAUAGCGCCGUCCCAGGAGGCGGUCUCCGUCGGAUUUCGCGUGGCCUUUACUGGUGAUAAACCGCGGCCGAGAGGGUAAACUAUGGUAGGUGUGAACGCGGCGGCGCGCAAGGGAUGGUGGUGCCCCAGCCGCGAAUCGGCCGGUGCACUUGACUACGCUCUCUCCCAUGCACUCGUCGAAAACGACACCUUGGUUCUACUCCACGUCGAGACUCCAAACCCGUGGAAGAACCCGUUCGGUGCACUGUUCAAGAACCCAAUGUCUCCAGGAAGCACCCGAGGCAGCAGCGGCGGAUCUUACUCCUUGUCGUUGGCGGCGGCGGAGGGCGCCGGGGGAGGAGAAGUGGAUUUUCUCGAUGGGAUGAAGCGAACGUGCAUGGCUAGGCAGCCGAAGGUGAAGGUGGUGGCGGAGAAGGUGGAGAUGACGGACGGAAAGGACAAGGCCUCUGCGAUUGUUGCCCACAGCGCAGCCUCUAAAGUUGAUCUUCUGAUUAUUGGGCAACGGAAGACUCUUUCUAAUGCAAUAUUAGGGCCUAGAAAAGUGUUAUCGCUUAAAGGAUUUGAUACAGCAGAUUAUGUGGUUGAGAACAGCAAAUGCACGUGUGUUGCAGUACAGAAAAAGGGGCAAAAGGCAGGAUAUCUUCUCAACAGUAAAACGCAUAAAAACUUCUGGCUCUUGGCGUAGGGGAAGUUCUAAGAGUGCCCGUCUCUCUCCAUGUUUGAGUUUUGGAAAUAGUCCACCACUUUUGCACUUGUCUUGGUUGCAGAAUAGGCAUAUAUUUUGGUUAGCUUCUUACCAUGUUUGAUGCUCAAAUGUGAUUGCUGAUUGUACAUUUUUAUAUGCAUUACUUUUGGCAUUAACUUCUUUUUGCUCAGUGAAAUAAUUUCAAGAAUUUGAUUUCACCA